GUGAAUCUUUUUCUCUUUCUGGUCUGCAUUCUUUUUUAUCUCCAACUUUGGCUUUUCUCUUAAAUGGAUCACCUUUUUUUUGCACUCUUUAGCUUUGAUGAGCUCCUUUGUGUGUAGCAUGCCUUCUUUGCUAAGAUUCACUGUGCCUGCAAAAUUUAAAUAUGCAGAGAAAAGGCGGUCCAAUCAUUGAUGCAUGAUGUAUAAGGUCUCGCAUUCUCGCCAUAUAUAGCUGCUCAGACUCCAUUUCUCGAGCAUUAUUAUAUGGCAGCCUCGCUUACUAGCAGCCAUUAAGAAAAUCGCGAUGAGAAUUCAUCUCUUACUAGCAGCUGUUGCUUCUGUUUUCUUUCUUCCGGGGAUUGUUGCUGAUCUUGACUCCGAUGGAAAGGCCUUGCUCGAGUUUUCUGCAUCUGUUCCUCAUCGACGAAAGCUCAACUGGAAUUCUACUCUCCCAAUCUGCGGGUCUUGGACUGGCAUCAAAUGCAGUAAAGACGGGACCAGAGUUGUAGCUCUCCAUCUCCCUGGUGUUGGUCUUUAUGGUUCUAUCCCGCCCAACACUAUUGGAAAGCUGGAUGGUCUUCGGGUUCUAAGCCUUCGGGGCAACCGUUUGAAUGGGAAUCUUCCUUCUGAUAUCCUCUCCAUCCCGUCUCUCCAAUCGGUCUACCUUCAGCACAAUAACUUCACUGGGAAUAUCCCCACCUCGCUUUCUCCCCAGCUAGGUGUGUUAAAUCUUUCCUUUAACUCUUUUACUGGCGAAAUUCCACUUGCAAUCAAGAAUUUGUCGCGAUUAUCUGUUCUGAACCUGCAAUAUAACUUGUUAUCUGGUGCGGUUCCUGAUCUCGAGUCUUCGAGGCUAAAGAACUUAAAUUUGAGUCACAACAUGCUAAAUGGCUCGAUCCCAGAUUCCCUCAAGAAAUUCCCACUUUCUUCAUUUAUGGGGAACUCUCGUCUCUGCGGGGAGCCUCUGGCUCAGUGCUUGGAAUCUCCCCCGCCAUCUUCUCUCCCAAUACCUGAAAAACAAACAUCCAUUGGCUCGACGAAAAAGCCUAGCAUAGCAGCUACCAUUAUAAUCACAGUCGGGGCUUGUUCGGUGCUGUUUCUUUUAGCACUUGUCAUUGUCUUCUUCUGCUUGAAGAGGAAAAUCUCGGAUGGCAGCGGGGAAGUUAAGGAGAAAGUUGGUUAUGGUGGAAAGAGUGAGAAGCCCGAGGACUUUGGGAGCGGGGUACAAGAUGCAGAGAAGAACAAAUUGGUGUUCUUUCAAGGCUGCUCUCACAGCUUCGAUCUGGAGGACUUGCUGAGGGCUUCGGCUGAAGUUCUCGGGAAGGGGAGCUAUGGAACAACUUAUAAGGCUGUCUUGGACGAGGCCAUGAUGGUGGUGGUGAAACGGCUGAGGGAAGUGUGCGUCGGGAAGAGGGAAUUCGAGCAACAUAUGGAGACCAUAGGCAGGAUUGCACAGCACCCUAACGUAGUUCCACCCCGGGCAUAUUACUUCUCCAAGGACGAGAAGCUUCUCGUCUGUGAUUACAUGCCUGCUGGCAGCUUGUCUGCAGCCUUGCAAAGUAAUCCGGGUACUGGUCGAAAUCAACUGGAUUGGGAAUCAAGAUUGAAGAUUGCGAUUGGAGUAGCAAAGGGUAUUGCUCAUGUUCAUUCAGAAGGUGGAGCUAAGUUCACUCAUGGCAACAUCAAAUCCUCAAAUGUACUUCUGACAACAAGCAUGGAUGGCUGCAUUUCUGAUAUCGGCUUAUGCCCUCUGAUGAACAAUGCCGCUACAACCAGCCCGCGACGCCCUGGCUACCGGGCACCCGAGGUGUUCGUCGAAACGAGGAGAGUCACACAGAAGUCAGACGUGUACAGCUUCGGGGUGGUGGUCCUCGAGAUGCUGACGGGCAAGUCGGCCGUGCCAGUGGCGGGGCACGACGACGUUGUUGAUCUGCCGAGGUGGGUGAGGUCCGUGGUUCGGGAGGAGUGGACAGCCGAGGUGUUCGACGUCGAGCUGAUGAAGUAUCAGAACAUCGAAGAGGAGAUGGUGCAGAUGCUUCAGAUCGCUCUGUCGUGCGUUGCAAAGGCGCCCGACAUGCGGCCGACGAUGGCAGAGGUUGUUCGAGCUAUCGAGGGAAUUCGCGGGCCCGCAGAGACAGAGACAGAGCCACAGCCAUCCUCAGAUGAUAACAAUGGAGGCACCCCUGAGUGAAUUUGCCAUGAAUCUGCAAUGACCAGUUGCACACUUUCCUUAAUGCUUCCUUAGAUUAUAAUGUUGUUUAAUGUUUCCAUUAGAUGUUCUUUCAUGUUUGCAUAUCUUUAUGCAAUUCCCUAUUGUGCCAUUUGUAGAUUGUUUGAUCAAUCAGCUGACAUAAAUGAGAAAUUUCUCUCUUCCUUUGAUUUAC